GCUAUGCCUAAGCAGGCCUGGUCUGGAACUCCCCCGAGAUUCCACUCCAGCAGGCACUGUCUCGUCCAUCUCGGAGGCUCCACCUCUGCAGGGACUGUACCGCCGGCCUCUAAGGCUUUGCAAGGGCAGUCCCAAGCCUACCCGCCUCCCAUACCGGGCUCCGAGAAGCCACAUCCCUCCGAGGGCACGCCUCCUUCCGGCUCCCACUUAGGUCCCCGCCCAGCGCCGGAGCUUGCGUGCUGCCGCGUCCCCUCACUUGCGGACUGGUGUCACCUGUGUCCCGGACGUCUGGGACAUGCUGCCUGACUGCCUGUCCGCAGAGGACGAGCAGCGCUGCCGGCAGCUGCUAGCACGGACCACUGCCGGGUUACGCUCGCGGCCCGCGGCGGCCGCAGUGCUUGUGCCGAUGUGCCUGGUGCGCGGGGUCCCGGCGCUGCUCUACACGCUGCGCUCUAAUCGCCUGGUUGGGAGGCACAAAGGGGAAGUCAGUUUCCCAGGUGGUAAGUGUGAUCCUGACGACCAAGAUGUAAUACAUACGGCCCUUCGGGAGACUCAGGAGGAGCUGGGCCUAGAGGUGUCCAAGGAGCACGUGUGGGGUGUCCUGCAGCCAGUGUAUGACCGGGUGAGCCACCCUCAUCCUGUCACACCCAGUACCCCAGGUGACCGGAGAAAGGCAACCAUAGUCCCGGUGCUUGCCAAUGUGGGCCCACUGGAUCUGCAGAGCCUCAGGCCCAACCCUGAGGAGGUGGAUGAAGUAUUUGCGCUGUCUCUGGCCCACUUGCUGCAGACACAGAACCAGGGGUAUACCCACUUCUGCCAGGGUGGCCACUUCCGCUACACACUGCCUGUCUUCUUGCAUGGACCACACCGUGUCUGGGGCAUCACAGCUGUUAUCACUGAGCUCACCCUGAAACUGCUGGCCCCUGGCAUCUACCAGCCCUCCCUAGCUGUCCCCGAGUUGCCUAGAGGUUGAGGCCUGCCCGGCCUUUCAGUGCCUCUGCCUUGAUUUGGCCAGGCUACUCCAGAACUGAUUAAAGAGUGUUUGACAACUCUG